AUGAACAUAUCCAAACAGAGCGAUGUUAAUGCUACAAACGUGUAUAAUGCAUGUAAUGCAGAUUAUAGAGAAGACUUAAGGGUCAACAAAGAAUACAUAUCUGAGAAUCCAACUUCACAUAAGCUUGUGCCUUUUCGAAAUGGGUUACAAGUACACAUCGACAAGGAUGCAAGGGAUAUGGAUCAAGUGAUUAAACAGGAAGGGAGGAUCAUAUCACCAGAUGAACUUUUGGAGAUGCAGAAGCCAGGACAAUUGAAAAUUCCUCUUAUGGACCUUAAAGAAGCAGAAGAUACGGAAACCAUUGGGGAAAACAAAUGUCAAAAACUCCCGUCUUCAGAUUUGUUAAAAGCGUUGCAUUAUUACGUGGCGAGCAAGUACACUAAAAACAUUGAUGCGAAAAAUCCCGACCGGCUCCGAUACGUAGAGAGUAUGGAUGAAACUUCGCUUUUGGCUAUGGGUUUGCUUAUUGAAAACUGGGUGGAUGAACUUGUGACUGAAGAUGUUUGCAGAAUGUACUUGCAGAAAGUGGACGAAGAAAAAAGUUUUGUAAAUCAAAUGCAUGAAGAUCUAGAGAUGGCCAGUGCUGAUGAAGCAGGUUAG